GGGUCUGCAUCUUUAGGUUAAAGAGUGGAUUCUAUGAGAAAACAAAGUAAAUGCUAUUUGUAGAAUAUACUAGCCCCAGGAAAUAGAUUUUUUUUUUUUUAAAUCUGACUGCAGAAUAACAACACCAGAAGCUUUUCCACCGGCCGACAGCAACAUCUGUGCAAUCUCAGGACGGAGACGGGGGAGGGCCUUUCCGAACACACCGGAAGGAAGCAUCCAGCAGGAGUAGUAACUGUAGCGCAGUGGAGUUUUAGUAGCUGCAGCUUUUUCUGUUUUAUUCAAAACAACACGUUUAUGUAUUUAUUGUUUUAAUCAUGGUGCUGUCGCUCCAGUGAAUACAGAUAGAGACCAUAAAGGAGACGCCUUUUGUUGACAUUCCUCCUGCUGACAGCGCGUAAACAAGGCAGGUGUGAAUGACCGACGUGGUGCCCUCCAGUGCGCUCAGCGAGAUCAAGCUUCGUCUGCUCUGUCACGAUGACAUAGACACCGUCAAGCACCUGUGCAGUGACUGGUUCCCAAUUGAGUAUCCAGACUCAUGGUAUCGGGACAUCACUUCCAACAAGAAGUUCUUCUCCCUGUCCGCCACGUACAGAGGCGACAUCGUGGGAAUGAUAGUGGCUGAAAUAAAAGGCAGAACCAAAGUGCAUAAAGAGGAUGGAGACAUUCUGGCCUCUAGCUUCCCUGUUGAUACGCAGGUCGCUUAUAUAUUAAGUUUAGGAGUUAUAAAAGAAUUUAGGAAACAUGGAAUAGGUUCUCUUUUACUAGACAGUCUGAAAGAACACAUAUCCACAAUGGCUCAGGAUCACUGCAAAGCAAUCUAUCUGCAUGUCCUCACGACAAACAACACAGCCAUUCACUUCUAUGAAAACAGAGACUUUAGACAGCACCACUACUUGCCUUAUUACUACUCAAUACGGGGGGUGCUGAAAGAUGGCUUUACAUACGUGCUGUACAUCAACGGCGGGCACCCUCCCUGGACAAUCUUUGACUAUAUUCAGCAUAUAGGGUCCACUUUAGCGAAUCUGAGCCCCUGUUCCAUUCCCCAGAGGAUAUACCGUCAAGCACAGAGCCUUCUCCGUAGUUUUUUACCCUGGUCAGGAAUUUCUGCGAAGAGCGGUAUAGAGUACAGCCGGACGAUGUGAGGCGGGGGCUAGAAACGAGUCUGAAGGGGGGGCUGUAUUAAGUUAUGGAAUAUCGCUCUUCAUGUGCGGAUGGAUCUUGCUGUGACCUCCAGCCACCUCCACUCCAGAGUGGGACCCAGUGGUGACUGUGAUUUCUAACAAAGGGCAGUCCCUCUCGCAGACUCUGUGUAUUAUAUAUGUACAUACACACACACACACACACACACACACACACACACUCCGCGUCACUGGCUGUGUCCACCGCCAUCGACGCGCCUGUAAUUUGCUGCUGUGUAGAGAACAUGACUGUGUGUCUCGUCCAUAGAUUUUUAACAAAGUUGUAGAUUUUUAUGUGUGCGUCUGUUUCUAUUAGGGUUGAAAUCUGACCAGUAGCAGCAUUCCCUCUCAAGGUAAUGGCUGAUCCUUUACCAUCUGAACUGUGUGCACAGCAUAGGAACAAGUAGCCUUCAUGUCCUGCAGCUACAGUAUAGACAAAUGCAUGCACAUCCUUUAGACGUCUCUAAAACACAGUAUGUUUACAUGGUUUUUUUUUUCCCCUCAAAAAACCAAAAUGAAAUCGAAAGACCCAUAAGAGAGUCAUUUUGUGAUUUUAUGCAUGUUUAUCUAGUUUUAAAUGAGACCACAAAAAAAAAGAAAACAACAACAAUGACACGGUUGUUUUGAUGAAUUUAUGUAGAACUAUAUUCCUGAAUUUUAAACUUUGCUUUUCAAAUCAUAAUUCAGUCUGGGAGGGUUCGAGUUUAUGUAUAAUGUGUACAUUUUGAAUAUCUGAAAUAAAGAGUUUUAACAGAAAGCAGCCUGUAGAAGUUCACAGCAAAACUGCUUUCUGAAUACCUGGGUCGUUGGUGCGGAAUGGUAACACACAAACAUGAACCAAACACAUUUAAACUAAUCUACUGCGAUAAAACACACAAGUGAGCCUUUCUGUAUCGUUUUAAAGCUUUGGUCGACACAGUUGACCUUUCUCUAAAGAAGUGAAGGGUUACACAUGAAGGACAAUCAUUGAACAUCAGUUUAGUUAUCAUUUAGGUUAAGUGGGUUAAGUUCCUCUAGGUCUGUAUUAAGAGCCUUGGCCUGCACAGUAGUCAGCUACACACACUGCUGAUGUCAGCUGUAAUCCCUCUUAAAAAACAUCAUGAUCAGGGGCUUUACGUAGGGUUAGUAAGACAGCAGUUGCAUUAACAAGUUUGGGGGUAAAGUGAGUGCAUUCAACAAGCCAGUGCUACUAGGGUUUAGUAAGACAGCAGUUACUGACUGUCGAAUAUAAUUCAACACCCUCAGCUAAUGCAGAGAGAGAGAGAGAGAGAGAAUUCUGCUACAAGGAUCCUGUAAUGAAGUUCAUGUAAAACAAAUGUUUGAAUAAAUCAAUCAAUCGAAGUUGCGCUGUAUUGUAGGUCGAUUGCAUGGGGGGUGGGCCCCGCUGUAGUAUUGUAUUUGUCUUUAGCUACCUUCAGGUGAUGAAUGUGUAACUCCCGUCAGGGUUUGAUGGGUUCAGUCAUAUUUCAGUUGCCUAUUUAUUUCUUAGCAAAUGCAUGAAAUGAGUUGCAUGGCUUCAGUGGCAGGUUGUCCAAACCCAGUUGAUUCACAGUAAGGCGGUCCAGAGGUCAGUAAAAGGAGGUGUUCCUCAUUUCCUCUGUCUGAACUUCAGUUCAGUUUCACAUCAGAGCGAUAAUUUGGUUGCACAGUAAUCAUGUGUGCAUGAAGAUACUCUUUAUAUUCUUUAAUGGACCAAUGAAUGACAAGAAUAAUCUCCAAAAACAUCAGCAUGGCACACCGGGAUUGUGCAGGCAGCUGUAAAGCUGGGACAACAGCGCCAUCUGCUGGUUCUGCCUCAAAAGUGUCCGACAUUGGAAACAGAAUUGUUGUAUGUGUUUUACCUUGUACAGCAACCAACCCGUUUAACAGAAAUUGAUAUAUUUUAAUAUAUUUAAGAGUUUUAAAUUUUUUUUUUUUUUUUUGCGAAGUUUAAAUUCUGCUUGCUGGACCUGUUUUAUAUGAAAAUUGCUAUGUAAGUUAAAUACACCAAAAAUAAAUAAAACUACAGGUAAAUAAUG